AUGGGCGCCAACCAGUUCGACAGCGCCACCUACCUCCGAGGACUCGGCUGGGCAGGUCCCGGCUCGUCCCUCAACAACAGCGCAGCCGGACGCGCAAAGCCCGUCACCGUCGCCCAGAAGAAGACCCUCUCCGGCGUCGGCCGCGACCGCGACACGUCCUUUGCCUGGUGGGACGCCGUCUUUACCUCGGUCGCAAAGAAGGUCACCGGCGACAAGACCGAGCACCACCGCACCUCGACCGGCAUCCUGUCGCACCGCCCACCUCCUCCCGACGGCAACGCCUACGAGCCCCUCACCGACGCGCAGAGGAGCGGCCUCAACCUCGACGCCAUGGCCGCCGUCAAGGUCGAGCUCGCGCGCCGACAGCUCUACAGCGGCUUCCUGCGCGGCACCGCUCUCAGCGGGUCCGGCGGCGACGACGAGCGCAAUAAGGGCAAGGGCACCGGUAAGGAGAACGGCGCGGCGGCGGGCUCGAGCGACGACGAGGACGACGCCGGGUCGUCCAAGAAGCGCAAGCGCGACUCGGCGGCGGGACCCGGCGGGAGCGACGGGCGCGCAGCGCGCAAGGAGGAGAAGCGCAGGAAGAAGGACGAGGACAAGGCGGCGCGGCGGGCGGCCAAGGCGGCGCGCAAGGGCAAGGCGCGCGCCGAGGACGAGCAGGACGAGCGUGCGACGGCGCCGGUCGCCGUCGUCGAGGAGACGGUCGAGGCGACGACCACGUCGACGCCCGUCGUCGAGCUGGCGCAGGCGUCUCUGUCCAAGGAGGAGCGCCGCGCCGCCAAGAAGAUGCGCAAGCUGCUCGAGCCCGGCUCGACCGCGACCUCGACCUCGACCUCGGCCCUCCCCUCUCUCGCGUCCAGCACCGCCUCGUCCUCGGCCCUCGCCUCGACUUCCACCACCCCUGCACCUGCCGACACGCCACUCGACGCCGACGAGCAGGCGUACGUCGAGGCCAAGGCGGCGGCCAAGCGGGCCGAGAAGGAGGAGCGACGGCUCGCGCGCGCGGCAAGGAAGGCCGGGCGGGCUUAG